UAUACUUUGUGUGCUCAAUAAUAGAGUGGACACUGCCAGCCAUGCGAAAUGGUUUCAUACAGCUUUGGGGUCUGCCUUUUGUUUGCAUUGUUGGAGGAUAUCGAGGAAGAAUGGAUAUGUGAAUAAGUUACUGGGAGAAGCUUCGAGUGGGACUCUGAAUAAAUGGAUUUAGAUUCAUCACUAUUACCAGUUUCUCAGGCACUGCUGGGUCCUGGAGAUAUAAUGAUGAGCAAGAUUGGAAGGACACACAAUGAUUGAGGAAAACCUAAUAUGCUGUCAUCAACAUCCUUCCAUAAGCUAGUUUGAAAAACAUUGGAUUUCAAAGAAAACAAAAUUACCUUUCUGUUCUAAAAGAUGAAAACGACUGGGUUACUUUCAAAAGACAACCAAGUGAGCACCGCAGACUAAUGAGUAGAAUCAAUAAGAACGUGAUUUUGGCCCUUUUAACAUUAACAAGUUCUGCAUUUCUCCUGUUUCAGUUGUACUACUAUAAGCACUAUUUAUCAACAAAGAAUGGAGCUGGUUUAUCAAAAUCCAAAGGAAGCCGAAUUGGAUUUGAUAGCACACAGUGGCGUGCACUUAAAAAAUUUAUUAUGCUAACAUCCAGCCAAAAUGUACCAGCGUUCCUUAUUGAUCCUUUGAUUCUGGAAUUAAUUAAUAAAAACUUUGAACAAGUCAAAAAUACUUCUCGUGGCUCCACUUCAGAAUGCAAGUUUUUCUGUGUUCCAAGAGACUUCACUGUGUUUGCACUACAGUAUCACCUAUGGAAGAAUGAGGAAGGCUGGUUUCGGAUAGCUGAGAAUAUGGGAUUUCAGUGCCUAAAGAUUGAGAGCAAAGAUCCCCGGCUAGAUGGGAUAGACUCACUUUCUGGAACCGAAAUUCCCCUGCACUAUAUCUGCAAAUUGGCCACUCAUGCCAUCCACUUGGUGGUCUUUCAUGAGAGAAGUGGCAACUACCUCUGGCACGGCCAUCUACGACUCAGAAGACACAUUGACAGGAAAUUUGUUCCUUUUAGAAAGUUACAGUUUGGUCGUUAUCCUGGAGCUUUUGACAGGCCAGAGUUACAGCAAGUUACUGUUGAUGGACUAGAAGUUCUCAUUCCAAAAGAUCCAAUGCACUUUCUAGAAGAAAUACCACACUCUAGGUUUAUUGAGUGUAGGUAUAAGGAAGCACGGGCGUUCUUUCAGCAGUACCUUGAUGAUAACACUGUGGAAGCUAUGGCCUUUCGGAAGAGUGCAAAGGAAUUAUUGCAACUGGCAGCCAAAACAUUAAACAAAUUGGGAGUACAAUUCUGGCUGAGCAGUGGAACUUGUCUAGGAUGGUAUCGGCAGUGCAACAUUAUUCCUUAUAGCAAAGAUGUCGACCUAGGAAUUUUUAUACAAGAUUACAAACCUGAUAUUAUUUUAGCAUUUCAGGAUGCAGGACUUCCACUCAAACAUAAAUUUGGGAAGGUAGAAGACAGCUUGGAACUAUCCUUCCAGGGAAAAGAUGAUGUAAAACUUGACAUUUUUUUCUUCUAUGAAGAGACUGACCACAUGUGGAAUGGAGGCACUCAGGCCAAAACAGGAAAAAAAUUUAAAUACCUAUUCCCCAAGUUUACACUGUGCUGGACUGAGUUUGUGGACAUGAAGGUUCAUGUGCCCUGUGAAACCAUCGAAUACAUUGAGGCCAACUAUGGUAAGACCUGGAAAAUUCCUGUAAAGACAUGGGACUGGAAGCACUCUCCUCCCAAUGUGCAGCCCAAUGGAAUCUGGCCUAUUUCUGAGUGGGAUGAGGUCAUCCAGUUAUACUGAGAUACUAGGUUGAAAUGGGAGAAUUCCCCUCCUGAAAAAAAGGUGGAUAACUGUUUAAAAAGACACAUCUAUUUGUCAAACAUAAGCAGGAGCCAAAGGAAAAAAAGGACAAGCUUGAAAGCAUAGGGAGUCCUAACUCCUGAGCCAUCUGAUUUACUUCUCUCAUUCAAUAUUUUUUGAGGAAUUUCCAUGUGCCAAGUACAAUGCUAGAUUACAGUGGAGAAACAGAGAUGAAUGAGACAAAUGCCUGCAUCUUUUCCCCCUCUUUUUGGUAAACACCUCAGUUUUCCUUUGAGGGAAACACCCCCACCCUUUGAAGAGCUCAAGUAGAACAUAUGUUCUGUAAGGGUUUUAAAAAUGUUAAGUAAUGUUUGGACUAGAAGAUGAGUUCACCAGGCAAAGCUAAGGAAGUUAAAAAGAAUAACCCAUACCUGUUCUUUGCAUUUAAACUAGUACAUUAGUGCUACUUUUAAGAUUGUAGAGUCUGAGUUAAUAUUCAAGUGUUCAGAGUUUAGGUGGUAUCAAGAAUAGAUGGUAGCAGAUUGAUUUUACAAGCAAUCUGAUGUGGAAUUGAUUUAGAGUUCAGGGCAUUAUUCUAUAAGGGAAGGUGAGAACUUAUUUCUAGCUUUAUCGAGGUAAGUAAAUUUCCAUACACUUACUAUUUUCAUAUUUGAAGUGAGAAGUAAGCUUAUGCUUGUGUGAUGCUUAAAUUUCCAGCCAUUGUUAGAAUAUUUUCACUAACCUCUGAUGGUACUUGUUGACAAAUCAUUCAAAUAAGACCAUGCUACCACACAUGGUUUUGAAAAAGUCGUGGUUUCACAAAACUGAUUUUUCUUAUUUUAUUCUCAAUCACUUUGUUAGGUAAAAAUAUAAGCUAUUCAUGGACAUUUUAUAUUUUCUGAAUUUGUAAUUCUUAUACUCUUAAUAUUAACACUAAAAUGUUAAUAGAGAUACCUCUGAUUUUUCUAAAUGUACUCUUUAUUGUAUUCAUUCAUCAAUUACAGUUCUAUGUCUUUAAUUUAUGGGCUAUGUACAAUUUAAAUGGCAUGUAAAUCUACCUGUUCCUUCUCCUCUUCCAGUAGUACAUCAGGUCUCCAAAAUGGAAGUUAAUGGUGAAUUUAACCCACCCCAGAUUAUAGUGUUUAUAAGUGUUUGUAAGUUUGUAUCCAUCCAUAGUUGUUCAA